AUGCCGUCGAUCACAUCCAACCCUAAGCCCGACAUUGUCGUGGUCGGAGCCGGCAUUGUCGGUUCCGCUCUCGCUUAUUCUCUUGGCAAGUCGGGUCGCAAAGUCGCCCUUCUUGAACGUGACUUUGAUGAGCCUGACCGCAUCGUCGGCGAGCUGCUUCAGCCAGGAGGUGUUCGCGCUCUCGACAAGCUGGGCAUUGUCGACACUCUUGAAAACAUCGACGCCGUUCCCGUCGAAGGCUACCACGUCUUCUACGGUACUCGCUCCGUCCCCAUUCCAUACCCACAGGAGAAGUCCGAUGAGGCUGCACGUGGUGUUAUCAGCAAGUCUGGUAAAGUUGAAGGCCGCAGCUUUCACCACGGCAUGUUCGUCCAGUCACUACGCAACAAAGCUCUCAACCAGCCAAACGUGACACCAUACGAAGCAACCGUCAGAGACUUGAUUAAGGACAAAGUUGGAAAGGUUGUCGGCGUCAGUGCCACGUGGAAGAGGACACCCGAGGGCCAGCCAGGGGCUUUCGAGCUUCGUGCUCCACUCACCAUUGUUGCUGACGGCUGCUUCUCCAAGUUCCGCCGCACCCACGGCAGCUCAAUUCAGCCUACGGUCCGAUCCAAUUUUGUCGGUCUCGAACUCGAGGACGCACCCUUGCCUGCACCUCAUCACGGCCACGUCGUGCUCUCCAAGUGCGGACCCGUGCUUCUGUACCAGAUUGGCACCCAUUCAACACGUAUCCUCAUCGACGUUGCUGGCGAGAAGCUGCCCUCAGUCGCCAAGGGUGAUUUGCAGAAGCACAUCAGCGAGAACGUCAUCCCUCAACUUCCCGAGCAGCUUCGCAAAUGUGUCGCCAAAGAGAUGGCUAAAGGCCAGCGUUUGCGCAGCAUGCCCAACUCUUUCCUCCCACCAAGUAUGCAGGGUCAGUCAGAACAGGCCCGCGGUGUCAUUGUCGUCGGCGACGCAAUGAACAUGCGUCAUCCCCUUACAGGCGGAGGAAUGACCGUUGGUCUGUGGGACGCCGUCCACCUCACAAAAGCACUCGGUGGCUCUGAUUGGGCUCCGCUUUCAGGCGACAAGCCGUCUCGCCAACCUCUCGACCUCUCCAACUGGUCUUCUCUCAGCCCAGCACUCCGUUCGUGGCACUGGAACCGCAAAGGCCUCUCCUCUGUCAUCAACAUCCUCGCACAGGCACUUUACAGUCUGUUCGGCGCGGAAGAUGCCAAUAUCGAAGUCCUCCGAGAAGGGUGCUUCAAGUAUUUCGAGAUGGGUGGAGAGUGCGUCAAUGGUCCCGUAUCGCUACUAUCGGGUCUUGCGCCUCGGCCUAUGCUCCUCGUCGGACACUUCUUCGCAGUCGCACUCUACAGUAUCUGGGUUUUGUUUGCUCACCCUCGCUUCUACGAAGCUGAGAACAAGACCAGAAAGCCAUCGUUGUUGGAGUAUCCCGGCUUGGUUUGGAGGAGCAUCAUGGUCUUCUACACUGCUUGUGUGGUAUUGUUGCCAGUAGUGUUCACCGAGAUGAAGAGCAAUGUGCCUCGUUUGAAGCCAGUUUCGGGUAGCAGCGGAGCGAUCAAGGGUUCAAAGGGCUCGCAUGGCGGCUUUGUCACAGACAACUUUGGCUUGGUCAGUGCUUCUGUCUUGCUCAUCGGAACCAUUAUGCUCUGGGGCAACACUCGAGAUCCAGGCACAGCAAGGAAUUUAUCCAACUGGCUCGUGUUCCCUAAGGUCGCCACUCAGCCAUUGUGA